AUGUCGCUGGCCAUCUUGCACCCCCUACUGCUACUGCACAUCUCUGACCACCAGACACGUGUCAAAGGCCCCGUCCGCGGCGGCGUUCUGGGAAUAUACGAGCCGGAGUCGAAGACAUACUCCCUGUUCCUCGGAUUCGAAAUAGACACCACCGACGGCCUCGACGAUCGCCUGGCCCUCUUUCGCGAGGUAUACCCGCAUCUAGAGCUGCUGGGGUCGUACACGGCAGAUCACGGCACAGUAGACCUCCCGACAAAGGUAGAAGCGGUGACGCUGCGUGUGGACGCGACACCACCCAGCGCAUAUGUCCAGGGCGAACAGAUCAAGAUCGAGGUGAAGCCCACCCCGUUCGAAGAAAUUGGUCUCAACACGAUCGCCGCUGCCGACGCGUCGCAGAAGUCGGCGACACAGCUGGCCAGCGACGCUAAAACCGCCCUCGACAGGUUCCAUGCGCACAUCGCGAACAUCCAGGCGUUUCUGCGCUCGCUCGCUUCGCGCAGACCCACGCCCGACGAGUACCGCAAGCUGCGCCAGAUUAAUGAGCUCAACACUCAGCUGGCCCUUCUGCAGAACGAGCCCGACCCGACUCCCCGACUCAUCAUCCACUCUGUGGAGUCCUCGUUCAACAAAAAAUACAAGUAUGACUGGGUGUUUGCAUACUACGCAGACCACGGGAUGUCGCCGGAACUGCGUGCACGGCUGCAGAGGCUGUGUUCGGGGCAAGUACAUUUCGAACGGAUAUCGUCGCCGCAUUACGGCGUGCCCGAGUCGAUCGACGAGGAAAAGCUGCACCAGGCCCUCAGACAGCCGGCGUCGGCGUCGCCCUGCUCCAAGUUUCUACAGUACAAGCUGAAAAACCGCUUCCAGACGUACGGGUUUCAGUUCCUGCCGAUCAUGCGCCACUACCGAUACUACUGCAACGUCGAGGUCGGCUCCCAGCUGGCGUGCGACGUAGAGGACGAUUUUUUCCGGCACAUGCACACAAACCAGCUGGUGUACGGGUUCGCGAGCGCGCCGGUCGAGUCCAGGCGGCUCACCAAGUCGCUGGUGCCUGCGUUCGAGGAGUUCCUCGGUCUGUUGCCCUACAACCAGACAGACGUGUUGCCGUUUGUCUACGAGAAAGAGUACACGCACUGCAAUUUUGAUUCCAACUUCGAGGUGGUGGAUCUCGAGUUCUUCCGCUCGCGGGACUACGAGCGGCUCUUCCACUACCUGGACAACACCAACGGCUUUUUCCUUGACCGCUGGACCGACUACAACGUCAAGACGCUGGCCGUGGCGCUGUUUGUGCCGGCGUCCAAGAUCUUCUGGCUGCCCAACACCGGUGUCUCUGGCCUGCUCAACCGCAACACGUGUCCGCUGGACAAGAACGUGAGAGUCCGCAACCGCUGCGCUUGUGAUCCGGCCAGGGACUAUGCAUUUUCGCCGCAGAGCGGUCUUCGUCGCCUUUUCCACGUGCUCAACUGGGACCUGCCCGAGUCUGUGCCGCCAACAACUGCGAACGAGCUCGCUCCAAAGUUCCGCACCACCGUCAACAAGUUCCAGGCGUACCCGUGGACGUUCGAGUACAUGAAAACUGAUCGAUGGUUCCGGGAACAGUUCAUGGGGAAACCAAGGCGUAAAAAAGACACCACAUCAUGA